GAAUGAAACAAAUCAAAGUCGUAUCAUUAUCACAUACACAAAUUAUUCUCAUUUAUUCAACAUUGAGCAACCAUAUCCUUUUAUACCCCACCACCAUCCCCGUAAUCACAUGAAACACCAAGUUGUCUUCCACUCCAUGCUCUAGACACCAUCUUUUUAUCGAACCAAAUCAUCAAGAUCUUCAAUUCUUUAUUACCCUCUUCAAGAUCUUUUAAUCAUGGCAUCUAAAGGUAAUCCUGGAGACAAUAGAACCAGGAGAUCGUUUUCGAUAUUUAUAGUGGUUGGUUUAUGUUGCUUCUUUUAUCUACUUGGUGCAUGGCAAAAAAGCGGUUUCGGUAAGGGCGACAGCAUAGCUCAAGAAGUAACAAAAAGCGCUGAUUGUAGCGUUCUUUCGAAUCUUAAUGUCGAGACUCACCAUGGUAACGGAAUGAAGAAAACCAACGAUUCACCUGAAAAUAAGGUUUUCCAACCUUGUGAUGACCGUUUUGUUGAUUAUACGCCCUGUCAUGAUCAAAUGCGUGCAAUGACUUUCCCUAGAGAAAACAUGAAUUACAGGGAAAGACAUUGUCCUCCCGAAAACGAGAAAUUACACUGUCUUAUUCCCGCACCGAAAGGGUAUGUGACGCCGUUUCCAUGGCCCAAAAGCCGUGAUUAUGUCCCCUUUGCAAAUGCACCGUAUAAAAGCUUGACAGUUGAAAAGGCGAUUCAAAACUGGAUCCAAUAUGAAGGCGAUGUUUUUAGGUUUCCCGGUGGUGGUACACAGUUUCCUCAUGGGGCAGAUGCAUAUAUCGAUCAACUGGCUUCUGUUAUCCCAAUUAAGAAUGGAAUGGUUAGAACGGCAUUGGACACUGGAUGUGGUGUUGCAAGUUGGGGUGCGUAUUUGUUUAAAAGAAACGUGAUUGCCAUGUCAUUUGCACCAAGAGACUCCCAUGAAGCACAAGUCCAAUUUGCUCUCGAAAGAGGUGUUCCCGCAAUCAUUGGCGUUCUCGGAACUAUAAAGCUUCCGUACCCUUCUAGAUCUUUCGACAUGGCUCAUUGUUCACGCUGCUUGAUACCAUGGGGCGGAAAUAGUGGAAAGUACAUGAUGGAAGUUGAUAGAGUCUUGCGACCCGGGGGCUAUUGGGUUCUUUCCGGUCCACCGAUUAAUUGGCGGGCUAAUUAUAAAUCAUGGCAGCGCCCGAAAGACGAACUUGAAGAAGAACAGAGGAAUAUUGAAGAAACCGCUAAACUUCUAUGUUGGGAGAAAAAAUAUGAAAAAGGCGAAACCGCAAUUUGGAGGAAACGAGUAAAUAAAUCCUAUUGUCAAGAACGCGAUUCUCGUGUAACCAUGUGUAAAUCCACAAAUCCCGAUGAUGUCUGGUACAAGGAGAUGGAAGCUUGUGUGACACCGUAUCCCGAGACAGACAAUGCAGACGAUGUUUCUGGCGGUGAAUUAAAACCGUUUCCCGAAAGAUUAAAUGAUGUUCCACCUAGGGUUAGUAGUGGGUCGGUUCCUGGAACCACGGUUGAGUUAUUCCAAGAAGACAAUAAGUUAUGGCAGAAACAUCUGAAUGCUUACAAAAGGGUGAAUAAGAUCAUUGACUCAGGGCGUUAUCGUAAUAUCAUGGAUAUGAAUGCGGGUCUUGGCAGUUUUGCUGCUGCAAUCGAGUCUUCAAAAUCAUGGGUUAUGAACGUGAUGCCAACGAUAGCUAAAAAGGACACUCUUGGUGUGAUUUUUGAGCGCGGUUUAAUCGGCAUUUACCAUGACUGGUGUGAAGCCUUCUCGACGUACCCGAGGACGUAUGAUCUAAUACACGCGAACGGUCUUUUCAGCUUGUACAAAGACAAGUGUAGUUAUGAAGACAUUCUUAUAGAAAUGGAUAGAAUUUUACGGCCUGAGGGUACCGUAAUAAUACGUGACAGUGAGAAAGAAAUUAUGAAGGUGAAAAGCAUUGUUUCUGGAAUGCGAUGGAGCACGAAGAUGGUGGAUCAUGAAGAUGGUCCACUUGUUCCUGAGAAGAUACUGUUUGCCGUUAAACAGUAUUGGGUUGCGGGUGAAAACAACUCAACGUCUUCUAGAUGAUCGUGGAAGAUAACAAUGAAGGGUGCAACAUGUGUAAGAUAGUGUUGUUUUAAUCUUAAUUAGUUGUGCCGAAAUACUUGAUUUAGUUUGAGCUUUAGUGGUGACUGGUGAGUUUAGUAUAAAGUUGAUCCAAGAGUUUUUGAAGACCAUAGUUGUCCUGUGUAUUUUACUCUCUUAUAAGUUAUAUAAACUCUUCAACAGUUUUGAUUUUACUCA